CGGGAGAUGCGGAGCCCCCCAUCCGGAAGUGACGUCAGGGGCCCGUAGGUUGUUGCUGCGCAGUAUUCCCAAAGAAAGAGAAAAUUCCCGACACGGAGACCUGUGAACACUGCGGAGUCCUGAGCCAGAGGUGUAUAAUCAUGAAUCCUGUGUAUAGCCCCGGGUCUUCAGGGGUUCCUUAUGCAAAUGCUAAAGGUAUUGGUUACCCUGCAGGUUUUCCGAUGGGGUAUGCUGCUGCUCCAGCCUACUCUCCUAAUAUGUAUCCUGGCACAAAUCCUGCCUUUCCAUCAGAGGUAGAACAAUCAUCAUAUGCGGCUUCCGGUUUGCAAAUGUACAUGUUCGGGCACGCGUUCUCUGCCGCUAGGAACGGUGCACUUAAUUCAGGAUAUACGCCUGGUACGCCAUAUAAAGUGUCAUGUUCCCCCACCAGUGGGACUGUUCCACCUUAUUCUUCUUCCCCUAACCCUUACCAGACCGCAGUAUACCCAGUAAGAAGUGCCUACCCACAGCAAAACCCAUAUGCACAGCAGGGAGCUUACUAUACACAACCUAUGUAUGCAGCCCCUCCACAUGUAAUCCAUCACACUACAGUUGUGCAGCCCAAUGGAAUGCCAGCAACAAUGUACCCCGCACCCAUCCCUCCUGCUAGAGGCAGCGGUGUAGCUAUGGGCAUGGUAGCUGGGACCACAAUGGCAAUGUCAGCAGGUACCUUGUUGACCACCCAUUCGCCAACUCCAGUAGCUCAACACCAAGUUACAAUGCCUGCGUAUCGGCCUCCAGGGACACCAACGUAUAGUUAUGUCCCAACACAAUGGUGAUUAGUCCAGUGUUUAAAGAUGGAAGAUAUGCAAGCAAGUAAGAUGCUUAUUAGAUGGUGCUGAAGUGUUAUACCUCCAGCGAGAAGUUUCUUCCUUCUGAAUUCUCUCAACACUUUGCCUAACACUAAUUCAGGAUCCGAAGAUUUCCAUUAUUGCAUAUCUUAACAUCUUGGGACUCUAGUGGUUGUCUUUAAUAUAAAAUCCUGUUUUGUGGACAGUCUUGCAAUUUUUCUAGCUAAUUCUAAUGAUAAAAAGGGAGUAUAAAGUUGUUUCAAUGAUCCAUAUCUAGUUGAGUGCAUGUAUAAACACAAAAUGACGCUUGCUCAGUUUAUUGCAGUGACAUAUGCAAACGAGAAAAAAAAAACAAAAAAAACAUCAUAUGCAAAAUCCAAAGGAGUCAAGAAGAAUUCUUAAGGCUUUUUCCUCAUCGUAAGGCCUUAGAAACCUGAGGCAAGACUAAUCACCCCAGUGUGUUCUUUGAGUGUUGCUCUGCCAUUUUUUUGAAGGUUGUUGCUAGUAAAGUGUUGCCAUGUGAUCUGACAUCAUAUGAAGUAAUUAGUGUAAUUCAGAUUAUACCCAACUUCUCACUAGGAAUAAGAAGUUUUGUUUUUGUUUUUUAUUUUUAACUUUCAUUUUAUUUUUUACAUUGCGCUAAAUAGGAAUAGCUGGUUUAGGUGAUGUGACCAUGCGAGCGAGUGUAUGACUAAGGAAGAUAACUUGGCACACAAGACAGGUUAUAGGCCUUCUUGGGUACAGAUUUCGCCAUGCGUGAGGUGGCCGCACUCUGGUGUUCGCUCUGCACUUACUGUGGUUUAGAAAAUUGACACUUGAAGCAUUCCACAGAAAUUUAAAAAACCUGCUACUUUUCCUGCUCCUGUUAUUUGACUUGAUUGAAAUUGGAAAUAAAAAAACAAAAACAAAAAAAAAAAGUCCUAUGCAUCACGAAACGGGAAAGGUUGGGCGCGAUAGUUCUCAGCUCGUACGAUACGGCAACCACAUAGUUUAGUAUUUUUAUUAGUUUUUUUACAGUUUUCUUUUUUAUAAUUUUUUUUUUUUUAUUGCUCACUUUUGUGCAGAGGUUUUCUGUUGGCAUUCCACAAUAAAAUACAUUGUUGAACCUUCUCAUUUCCAGCGUAUAUACAUGUUCCAUAAUCGAAUGGUUUGCGUUGGGGCCUCAUGCACACAACCGUAUGUAUUUUGCAAUCUGCAAAAUACGGAUGGUGUGUCUGUGUUUGCAGCCGCAUUUGUUGCUGACCUAUUGACUUCAAUGUGUCUAUGGCCCUCAUUUAGCGGCCAAGUAUAGGACAUGUUCUAUCGUUUGCGGAAGGAGAUACGGAUGUGGAAAUCGCACAUGUGAUCUAUGUGUUUUUCCCAUCUGUAUGUUUGUUCUGCAAAAAGAUAGAA